UGACGGAAAUGGCAGAACGAAAGUAACGUUAUUUGCGUUAGCUUUCAAAAUGACAUUUUUGCAAGAAAAGUGAUUUGGAAUUGAAAAUGUAAAAUAUAUUUUGUGCAGUUUUAUUUCGUAUAAUAUUAAUUUGAGAUGUGAAAAUUAUUUUUGUGAGCAUGCUAUGUGAAUUUAGUGUGGUGAACUUUAAUCAUGUGCUAAUGUGUUUACGAAGGAAGAGAGAGGAAGCUGUUGGCGGUCAUAAUACGGCUUCCCGGCCUUCCUAGUGCUUGUAAAACGUUGCAAAGCGUGAUGUUUUUUUAUUUUUUUAUGAAAGAUUGAUUUCGCUUCCAAUUUUUUAAUACAUCAUUUGAACGUGUGCAAAGAUACUAUAUAAAAUGUGAAGUUAAGGAAUUUUGGACAUACCGUCUUUGAAUAAGAGUUUCUGUGCUUGGAUGAAAGCAAAGCAUUAAUUAAUCGAAAUUAAUUAACAUAUAAGAGAUAUUGGAUUUUCGGGCACAAUUUAUGAAAUUAUUUGGGCAAAAUGAUGAAUAUAUUAAGAAUAAGUGAUUAGUUUCUAACAUUUAGUGAGCGCAGUCCCUUCAAAAAAAUAGAAGAAACAUUUAUUAAUGUAAUUUACAUUCCUGUGGCGCAAGUAUUUACGCCCUUUUGCUGGAAAAAAGGCUUGGCGCUAUAAGUAUUUAAAAAAUAACUUUUACCUGAAAUACCAACAAUAACUAACUGAUAAGAGCAACGAAGCUGUAGAAAGAAAAAUGCGUGGUAUGUGAGAUAUCAAAUAAUGGAGUGCCACUUAGAUUUAGAACAAGUAAAUAUGAUAGAUACAAUCUGACGAAAACUUGUUUUGGGGAAAACCCUUAGAUGGAUAAUAGAAAAGUUCAAAUUUUGCUUUGAUAAAUCCUGCAAAUAUGCAACAAUGUCAGUUUUCGAGUAAUAAAUCUAGGCCGAAACUGUGUUAUGUCAACGUCAAUAAGCCAGCACACGAGCACUGCACGAAAUCUCAUUGGAUCACCGGCAAUCAAUAAACAAACCAAUACAAAUAUUUAGCAAAAAUGCGCAGCACGUUCGGCGCAAAACGAAAAAUUUCCAAUCAAACGAUAACGUAGUACGAGAAAAGUUAAGUAAACAUAUUUUGCGUGGAACCAUAACGGUUUAGCACAGCAUAGUUGAGACACAAACCCACCAGUUGAAUAACUUACCAUGAACAGCUGUCUGAAGACUUAUUCGACUUUUGGACCUUCGUGGCGAUCGCCUAAUUAACGAUAUUGUGAUUUAGGAAAAAAGUCUUAUCAACGAACAUUUUUAUAGGAGAUUGCAGCUAAACUACCUAGAAUUUAUUUUUGUAAUUAUUUAUUAUUUUUUUCAAACUAUAAUGUUCAGUUCCAAUGCAAGGAAUCUUAUUCGCAGCAGUUUGAUCAACCGCUGCAAAAGCACCUUGGUGGUUGCUGAGCAUAAUAAUGAAGCACUAAAUCCGAUUACAUUAAACACCAUCUCAGCGGCAAAGAAGAUCGGUGGUGAUGUCACAGUAUUGGUAGCUGGUACCAAAUGUGGUCCGGCAUCUGAAGCACUUACCAAGGUCGAAGGUGUUGCUAAAGUGUUGGUGGCGGAGAACGCAGCUUUCAAGGGUUUCACUCCGGAAUCUAUCACACCACUAGUGCUGGCAGCUCAAUCGCAAUUCAAGUUUACACAUAUAUUGGCGGCGGCCACUGCCUUUGGAAAAAAUGUACUUCCACGCGUUGCAUCUAAAUUGGAUGUUUCGCCUAUUUCAGAAAUUAUUGAUGUAAAAAGCGAAGACACUUUUGUGCGUACUAUUUACGCUGGUAACGCCAUAUUGACGCUACGCUCCACAGAUCCCGUUAAAGUAAUAACUGUACGUGGUACGAAUUUCGCACCUGUCGCUGCUACUGGUGGCAGCGGUGCCAUUGAACAGGCACCAACUGGAGAUUAUGCCUCCCAAUUGAGUGAAUUUGUUUCGCAAGAACUCACUAAGUCGGACCGUCCAGAGUUGACUGGUGCCAAAGUGAUUGUAUCUGGUGGACGUGGUUUGAAAUCUGGUGAUAACUUUAAACUACUUUAUGACUUGGCUGACAAAUUUGGUGCUGCUGUAGGUGCUUCUCGUGCCGCCGUUGAUGCUGGUUAUGUGCCCAACGAUCUGCAAAUUGGUCAAACAGGCAAAAUUGUUGCACCACAGUUAUAUAUCGCUGUCGGCAUCUCUGGCGCCAUACAGCACUUGGCUGGCAUGAAGGACUCUAAAACAAUAGUGGCUAUAAACAAAGAUGCCGAAGCACCAAUCUUCCAGGUGGCAGAUAUUGGAUUAGUGGCAGAUCUUUUCAAAGCUGUGCCAGAAUUAACAGGGAAAUUGUAAGGCUACAAUGUCGACAUUCAUCAUCUGAUAUAAACCGUAGUGCAUUUAUUAUUAUUUUUUUCCUAAACAAAAAUUUACCAGCAGUUGCUUUAUAAUUAGAUAAAAUUCAGUUUUUUUUCUAUUAUGUAUACAACGCGUAUAUUAGUUCGCAAUCAUCAUGUCGAAUUCAACCACUACCCCAAAAAUACAUUUUGUUUAAGAAUAAAAUUGAUAAACUUUUAUAUUAUCUAAA